AGGCCCCGGACGGAGCCAGGGAGGCACGGGCAGCCGGUCACUGUCGGACCGACGCCAGCCAGGAGCGCACCGCGACCUGACCUCCGGCAGACACACCCGAUUCACUCAGCCGUCGCCGCCGCCGCCGAACUGGCACCUCAGACUCGCAACACGGAGCUCAACCUACCACUUCUUCUUCACGAUGACUGGCGAUAACAGCUUCAUCACGGCUUCUAAACCGUCAGACGGCACGGUCCGCGCCAGUCGGCCGGCCGCCGCCUGUAACGGUCAUGCAACGACUCACAACGGCGCUGGUAAGGCCAUCCCACCGCCCAGCACAGCAAAGCCGACCUAUCACAUGAACGGCAUCACCAACGGAACGGCAAGUAAGGCUGCCGAGACCCGGCCGUUCUACCAGCGAGUCCUCGCGCUAGUUGAGGAGCUGGAGCUGCCGUGCGCCGUGCAGCACGAGCGCGACAGUCGACCCCCGCUGCUGCGCUUCCACCAGCCGUCGGAGCUGGCGCAGCUGCUGCCGAUGCAGCUGGGUGAGCCGGUGGCCAGCGAGGACGAGCUGCUGCAGCUCUGCCGACGCGCUGCCGAGCUCUCCGUGCGCACUGACGACGUCCGCUUCAGGAACCAGCUGUUCGGCGGCAUGGACAAGUACGGCCUGGCCGGCGCGCUGCUCACCGAGUGCCUCAACACCAGCCAGUACACGUACGAGGUGUCUCCCGUGUUCACCCUCUGCGAGGCCGAGCUGCUCGCCAAGGUGCGACGCAUCAUCGGCUGGAGCUCCGGCGACGGCAUCUUCGCCGCCGGCGGCUCCAUGUCCAACCAGUACGCCCUCGCGAUGGCGCGCUACAACCGCCAUCCGGAGGUGAAGACCCAUGGUAUGUUCGGCGCCAAGCCGAUGGUGGUCUUCACCUCUGUAGACUCGCACUACUCGAUCAUGAAGGCGGCCAACUGGCACGGUUUCGGCUCUGACAACGUGGUUCAGGUGGGCACCGACUCGCUGGGCCGGAUGCGGCCGGACCUGCUGCUGGAGGCCGUACAGCGCGUCCUGGCCGAGGGCCGCGAGCCGCUCUUCGUCAACGCCACGUGCGGCACCACCGUGCUGGGCGCCUACGACCCCGUGCCGGCCAUCGCCGACAUCUGCCAGCAGUACGGCCUCUGGCUGCACGUGGACGCGUGCUGGGGAGGCGCGGCCAUGCUCUCCCGCCGCUGGCAGCACCUGAUGACCGGCGUCGAGCGCGCCGACUCUGUGGCCUGGAACCCACACAAGAUGCUGGGCGCGCCACAGCAGUGCGCGCUCAUCGUGACGCGUCACGAAGGCCUGAUGCACCACUGCAACUCGGCCAAGGCCACCUACCUGUUCCAGCAGGACAAGUUCUACGACGUGAGCUACGACACGGGCGAUAAGUCGAUCCAGUGCGGCCGCAAGGUGGACGCUUUCAAAUUGUGGGUCAUGUGGAAGGCGCACGGCGACGCGGGUCUGGAACGGAUCAUCGACACCACGUUCGCCGCGUCUCGGUUCUGCGCCGCCGAGGUGGCGCGUCGGCCCGGCUUCAGGCCCGUGCUGCCCAGUAACGACUCCCAGUGCGCCAACGUCAGCUUCUGGUACGUGCCGGAGGCUCUGCGCGGCCAGGAGGAGACGGAGGAGUGGUGGCAGCGGCUCAACCAGGUCGCUCCGCGCAUCAAGGAGGGCAUGAUGCGCAGCGGCUCGCUCAUGGUCAGCUACCAGCCUCUGCCGUCCAAACGAUUCCACAACUUCUUCCGUUUGGUGUUCACGGGCGCGCCGCAGCCCAGCGAGCAGGAUGUCACCGAGGCCCUGGACGAGAUCGCCAGGAUUGCCGAGGGUCUCUAGCGGUCGCGCGCCCUGGGCGGUCCGGCCGACGCCGCCAGCGCCACCUGUAGCCGUACUGACGGGGAGGGGAGGGACGGGUGGGGUAGAGCCGCACCGGGGCGAGCCAACGACUGCUGGGUCCAGUCUGCGGUAGAGUCGCCCUGAUAACGGCAAUUUGUGUGAUACUCAGGUUCAACGCACAAGGGUGUAUCACAUUACGAGAUCUGAACACAUAUUCGCUAAAGAUAUUACGAAAUACAUCAGUCAAUCACAUA